AUUUCAAAAGCUCAAGAGAGGGAGGAACAAAGCAAAGAAAGCAAGUCUAUAUUUUUCGCUCCUGUAUUUCUCUCUCCCCAAUCUUUCUCGUCUCAAUCACAUCUAAAGAUUGUUGUUUUCCAUCGUAGAGUUGCUGGGUUUAACCGAUUUUAUUCGUGGGAUGUGGUGCUGAUUUGGGGUUAAUCUUUUGAUGAUGUUUUAGUUGCGAAUCUGAGCUGUUGGAGUGGGAGCGAUAAGUUUAUUGAUUUUGUCAUCGUAUUGUUUCUGGGUUUCCGUUUUUUAUUCGAAUGGUUGUUGAUUUUUGUUUGAAUUUGGGGAAUUUGGUGAAUUUUUGUAUAUUUUCAUAGUUCUGUAAAGGUUCUUGAUAAAGAAAGUGAAAUCUCAAAUUGGAGAGAUAAUAAUGGAGAAGGGUGAAGGCGGGGGGGAUUCAAAUUUCCCUCCGAAAACGAAUCAAUCGGAGGCGGCGGAGGUAUCGACGGCAACACCGAUGGAUAUCCCGGCUGCAAAAAAGCUCGCACGGCAGCUGGAUUUUAACAGCAUCGGUGGUAGUGUACCCCCGGCGGCGUCGUUGGCGAGGACUCAAGUGGUUUUGCCGGAGCACCCUCAACGGCCGGUUGUGGUGCAUGUUCAACACCCAGCGCCACCGCCGCCGCCACCACAACCAAAACAGUCGCUGCUGCAACAACAACCUUUAAGGCCUUUAAAACCAGAAUCUCCAAAGGCUCGAGCAAGACAAAAUGUUGAAGGAAAAGAUGGUACUCCAAAGAAGCCAAAACAGUGUAAUUGUAAGCACUCAAGGUGCUUGAAAUUAUAUUGUGAAUGCUUUGCAAUGGGAAUAUAUUGUGAUGGGUGCAACUGUGUCAACUGUCAUAACAAUGUUGAAAAUGAGCCUGCAAGAAGAGAUGCUGUUGAAACCACUUUGGAACGAAAUCCAGAUGCAUUUAGACCUAAAAUUGCAAGUAGUCCUCAUGGAAACCGUAAUAGAAGGGAAGAGGCGGGAGGAAAACAUAAUAAAGGAUGCAAUUGCAAGAAAUCAGGAUGCUUGAAGAAAUACUGUGAGUGCUUUCAAGCAAACAUUCUUUGCUCUGAGAACUGUAGAUGCAUGGAUUGCAAGAAUUUUGAAGGAAGUGAAGAAAGGCAAGCUCUUUUUCAUGGAGACUCUGUUAAUAACAUGGUCUAUCUUCAACAGGCGGCAAAUGCCGCCAUCACCGGAGCUAUCGGGACCUCCGGUUACGGUUCACCGCCAGUGUCCCGGAAAAGAAAGGGGCCGGAAGUUUUAUAUGGUGGACAUGCAGCAAAAGAUUCAGUGUUUCAUAGGGUUGCACACUUUCAUGAGACAAAUCAUGUCAAAGAUUCCACUCCUUCAUCUUCAUGUCCUUCUGCUCCUGGUGCUCGUGUAGCUAACAAUGCACCUGUGGGCCCUUCCAAAUAUACAUACAGGUCUCUAUUAGCAGAUCUUAUUCGAUCAGAUGAUAUGAAGGAGCUAUGUGCUGUAUUGGUGGUGUAUGCAAGUGAAGCUGCUCGUGUGCCUUCAGAUGAGACAAAUGCAAAGGAAAAGACAAGAAACAUUAACAGAGAAAGCUCCCUAACAUCAUCAAUAACAGAUCUACAACAAAGCCCAAAGGAAGGUGAUGCUCAGAAAGCCAUGGCUGAUGAAUCUUCAAGUGAGAGGCCAAUGUCUCCAGGAACCCUAGCCUUGAUGUGUGAUGAACAUGAUUCAGUGUUCAUGAAUUCUGAUUCUGAUGGAUUUCUGGAUCAUGAUCAUGCGGAUAAUAAUAAUAAUAAUCAAAAAAAUCAUGGUCGAUUGCCAAAUGGACAAAUCAUUACUCAAACUUAUGUUGAGCAAGAAAAGACAGUGUUGACAACCUUUAGAGAUUGUCUUAAUAAACUCAUCACUUUAGGUGAACUAAAAGAAACACAAUGUUCUUCAUUGGCAAGAAGCGAUUAUGGAGGUCAAAGUCAAAUGGAAGCAGUUGAAAGCUCAACAACAAAUGCUCAUUGGAAUCCUUCCAUUAAUGGUUUCUCAAGGCCAACACAACUUCCUCAACAUAAUGAUAACCAAAAUAAUAUGAAACCCCCAUUUCAUCUUGAAAAUGGAGAUUUGAAACUAAAACAUGAAAAAGAUAUGCAAUAAGAAGGAUGCUUGUGGC